AUGAAAUGGAUUUCGGGAGAUGGUGAAGGAGAAGAUGAAAUUCACACGAUUGUGUUUAAGAAAUCAGUGGAGGAGAUCACAUACUCUGCUUUGGUUGAGCGUAUUUGCAGAAAGAUAAAGGUAAAUGGAUAUAAGAUGGAAACGAAGUGUAGAAGUGUUCUACAUGUGGAGUUCAACAAAACGGUUGAAGACGAGGAUGAUGAAGCUGAUGUCUAUGUCAGUCUAUCCGAUAGAGAGGCUACUGAUACAUGGGCUACUGAUAGAGAGGCUUGUGAAGCAGAUGAUACAGAAGCAAGACCAUCAGUUGAAGUAACACCAGUUGUCAAGGAACGGGAUGAUGGUAUGGAUUUGGCUUCGGACACUAAGAGAUAUGUGAUAAAAUGCCGAGCAGCCAAAGAAGGCUGCAAGUGGUUUGUGCGUGUUGCAAAGUUGAUGAAUUCAGAUUGUUGGACGGUUAGAAGUUACAUCAAACAGCAUAGAUGUUUUGUUGUUACUACAAGAACACUGCCUAAUAGAAGGAGAGACACACCAGGAAUCGUUGCAGCUGUUUUGGCUCAAGAUUAUCCCGGUAGUUUAGACACACCAGCUCCCAACGCCUUUAUCGAUUCGGUUCAUCACAGGGUGGCUGUGCAAUCGAAUACUGGCAAAGUAGCUCGAGUGGUUGUGGAUGAGGCCCAAAAGUUUAAGUAUCUGUUUUUUGCUUUGGGAGCUAGCAUAGAAGGGUUUAUCGCUAUGAGGAAAGUCCUCAUUGUCGAUGCAACACACCUGAAGAAUGUUUAUGGUGGAGUUCUAUUAGUUACGACUGCUCAAUAUCCCGAUCAUCACCACUAUCCAAUUGCGUUCGGUAUUGCAGAUGGUGAGAAAGAGCAUAGUUGGGUGUGGUUUAUGGAACAGUUGAAAUCAGUGAUAUCUGAUGUCCUUGGAUUGGUGUUUCUUUCAGAUAGAAACAAAAGCUUGAUAAAAGCAGUAAGUCUAGUGUUCCCUCAGGCCGCUCAUGGGUAUUGUAUAUGGCAUUUAUCUCAGAAUGUUAAAGUACACGUCCGUAACAACAGAGACACUUGUGCGUUUAAGUUUAUGUACUGCGCACACGCUUAUACAGAGGCUGAGUUCUUGAACCUUUAUAAUGCUUUUCACAUGAGGUAUCCUAGCGCAGCGGAGUAUCUUGACAAAAGUGUUGAAGAGAGGAAAUGGGCGAGAUGUUACUUUGAAGGAGAUAGGUACAAUGUUGACACCACCAAUUCAGUGGAAUCUAUUAAUGGUGUUAUUAGUGACGCGAGAAAGUUAAACAUACUACCAAUGUUUGAUUUCAUCGUCGGGAAAAUGGCUGAAUGGUUCAACAUACAUAGGAAGGAGGCAGCUGAAAUUCCACCCGCACUAAAGCUUGUUCCUCUUGUGGAAACCGAAAUGUCUAAAAGAUGUGUUGAUGCAGGGUUUCUUUCUGUUGUCGAGUUAAACAGCUUCCAUCUUGAGUACAGUGUCUCAGGAAGUGACGGGAAGCGUUAUACCGUUGAUAUGGCUAUGAUGACUUGUAGCUAUGAGCAAUUUGAUAAAGACAAAUACCCAUGUGUCCAUGCAGUAGCUGCUGCCACAUUCAUGACUGAUAAAGCGGGAAAGGAACUUCAUCUAUCUGAGUAUUGUUCUAAGUACUAUUUAGUGGAGCAAUGGGCUUUGGCUUAUCACAUGACAAUAUAA